AUGGCCAAACAAUCCAUUAUUACGCUCAGCGAUGGCGCCGAAGUACUGGUCCGGCUGCUUGACGAGAGCCCGGACAGCAGCAAGCCGCUCCUCAUUGCGCUGCAUGGAGCUCCCGGACUAUCAAGUCACAUUGAACCGGCAAAUUCAUUCGGUUUCUUGGCCAGUCGUUUCCGCGUUUUGGUGUACGAUGCGCGGGGCAGUGGUGAGAGCGAUAUCAAGACGCCCUUUACAGACGAGCGCUGGAUUGCCGACCUUGACGAAAUCCGACAAUGGGCAGGCGAAGAGAAAUUCACUCUUGCUGGAGGCUCAUACGGCGGUUUCGUGGCGCUGGGCUAUACCCUCGCCCACCCCAGCCACGUCUCCGCCCUCAUCCUGCGCGAUACCUGGGCAUACGGCUUCCGCGGCACCCUUCGCGCCUUGAACAAUGUCGCGAGAUCGACCGAAAUCACGACUGACCCAGCCCAGCAGGUACGCAUCUGGUCGGGCAGCUUGCGCGACAACCACGACCUCGAGACGGGCCUCGCCGACAUUCUCCCCAUUUACACUGCCAAGAAGCAGCAGGAUGCUGUACCCGCGGCAGACGACCAAAGCUUCGAAAACGCCAAGAAGCACUAUCACUACGAGACGCACAAUGCGGCAUUCAGCUACAGUGUGCCGCGAUUUGAUGUUCGUGAUCGACUUCACGAGAUCAAAGUGCCGACGCUGGUUGUUGUGGGUAGGCACGAUCCUAUUGCGCCGGUGGAGGAUUCGCAGGAGAUUCAUGACGGCAUUGAUGGCAGCGUUCUCGCCAUUUUUGAGAAUUCGGGCCAUAGCCCACCAUCUGAAGAGCCAAAACUUUUCCAAGAGACACUGUGGCAGUUUUUAAACAAGAAUUAA